GGAUGUUUGCUUCAAGUGAAAUGCUGAUAACACCCGAUUAAAAGACUAGAAUAACAGAGUGAACUGUCAUCAGGGGAGGGGUUUUUUUUUCUUUUCUGCUGAGUGUGCUCGGAUUAGACGGUGCACCCCUUUUUUUUUUGUACCUGGACCCGGCCUCCGUGAGCCCGGAUAAGAUGUCCCUCUUCCAGUCGGCUCUGGAUUUCCUCGCCGGGCCCGGCUCGCUCGGAGCGGCCAGCCGGGACCAGAACGACUUUGUCGGACAAGUCGUGGAGCUGGGUGACAUGAAACUGCGGAUCAAGAGGGUGAUCGCGGAAGGUGGAUUUGCCUUUGUGUAUGAAGCCCAGGACAUGAGCAGUAAUAAAGACUAUGCCCUCAAGAGGCUGCUGUCCAACGAGGAAGAGAAGAACAAGGAAAUCAUACAGGAAGUCUGCUUCAUGAAAAAGCUGUCCGGUCACCCCAACAUGGUUCAGUUCUGCUCUGCUGCCUCCAUCAGUAAGGAAGAGUCUGACACCGGACAGGCCGAGUUCUUGAUCCUCACCGAGUUGUGUAAAGGUCAGCUGGUGGACUUUAUAAAGCGGGUGGAGCAGAGGGCUCUCCUGUCAUGUGACACUGUGCUGAAAAUCUUCUACCAGUCGUGCCGCGCCGUGCAGCACAUGCACAAACAGAAGCCUCCAAUCAUACACAGGGACCUCAAGAUUGAGAACCUCUUGAUUAGUAACCAGGGCACCAUCAAGCUGUGUGACUUUGGCAGCGCCACCACAGUGUCACAUUACCCCGACUACAGCUGGUCUGCACAGAAGAGGUCCAUGGUGGAGGAUGAGAUCACAAGGAACACCACUCCAGCGUACCGAACGCCAGAGAUGAUUGAUCUCUACUCCAACUUCCCCAUCAAUGAGAAACAGGACAUCUGGGCCCUGGGAUGCAUCCUCUACCUGUUGUGUUUUAAGCAGCACCCUUUCGAAGAGGGUGCCAAGCUGCAAAUCGUCAACGGGAAAUACUCCAUUCCUCAGAACGAUGUCAAGUACACUGUGUACCACAACCUCAUACGUUCCAUGUUGAAGGUGAACCCAGAGGAGCGUCUGUCCAUCACAGAGUUGGUCAACCAGCUCCAGGAGAUAGCGGCAGCACGCAACGUCAACCCCAAGUCCCCCAUUACUGAGCUGCUGGAGCAGAACGGAGGUUUUGGCAACAACGGAGCGCAGCCACCCAUGCAGAUCCAAAACGUCCAGAACAAUUCAGGCAUCUACGAUCCUGAUCAGUCGGGCAGCGGGCUCCUGGAUAUCUUAAGGGGAGGAACGGAGCGCUUCCUGACCAACAUAAAGGACACUUCCUCUAAGGUCAUCCAGUCAGUAGCCAGCUACGCCAAAGGGGACCUAGAUAUUUCCUACAUCACCUCCAGAAUAGCAGUCAUGUCCUUCCCAGCAGAAGGGGUGGAGUCGGCGAUAAAGAACAACAUAGAGGACGUCCGUCUGUUCCUGGAUUCACGUCAUGCUGGCCACUAUGCUGUGUACAACCUCUCCAAACGAUCCUACAGGCCUUCUCGAUUCCACAACAGGGUUUCAGAGUGUAACUGGCAAGUGCGCCGUGCCCCCAACCUCCGCAGUCUCUACAGUGUGUGUAAGAACAUGCAUCUAUGGCUCAAACAGGACCAGAGGAACAUCUGUAUAGUUCACUGUCUGGACGGCAGGGCGGCGUCGGCGGUGGCCGUUUGCUCCUUCCUGUGUUUCUGUCGCCUUUUCACCACAGCCGAGGCCGCUGUCUACAUGUUCUCAAUGAAACGCUGCCCGCCUGGCAUAGCACCCUCACACAAGAGGUAUAUAGAGUACAUGUGCGACAUGAUGGCUGAGGAGCCCAUCGUCCCGCACAGCAAGCCCAUGAUAAUCCGCUCCAUCGUCAUGACACCCGUGCCGCUGUUCAACAAGCAGCGCAAUGGGUGCAGGCCGUUCUGCGAGGUUUAUGUCGGAGACGAGAGAGUCCUCACCACAUCACAGGAGUACGACAAGAUGAAGGAUUUCAGGAUGGAGGAUGGAAAAGCAGAGAUUCCCCUUAAUGUCACAGUACAAGGAGAUGUGCUGGUGGUGAUCUACCAUGCAAGGUCCACACUGGGAGGACGUCUACAGGCCAAGAUGGCGUCCAUGAAGAUGUUUCAGAUCCAGUUCCACACAGGCUUUGUGCCCCGAAAUGCGACCACUGUCAAGUUCGCCAAGUACGACUUGGAUGCCUGUGACAUCCAGGAGAAGUACCCAGACUUGUUCCAGGUCAACUUGGACAUCGAGGUGGAACCCAGAGACAGACCCAGCGCCAAGACCCCUCCGUGGGAGAGCUUUCAAACCAAGGGCCUCAACCCCAAAAUCCUUUUCUCCUCUCGUGAUGAGCAGCAGGAGAUCCUCAGCAAAUUUGGUAAGCCCGAGCUGCCUCGUCAGCCAGGUUCCUCAGCAUUUUAUGACUCAGAGUCGCCCCAGCCGGCUCAGACCCCAGAAGGCUCCACCGCAACAGAACCAGAAUCUCCUGUGAGCACCGAUAGCAACGCCAACAACUUUUUCCAGACACUGGAUUGGGAAGAUGUUGGGUGCCCUCAGGAUGCCUCAGACAGUCAGGGAGGGGGUUCCUUGAAUGACCAGGAGGACCUAAGUGAUCAAUCAGAAGGAGAGUCCUACUCUUAUUCUGCCCCCGGUGGGGAGCCGCUGUCACGUGACCCCAGCGAACCCCUGUUUGAUGCUGACUUCCAGAACUCCCCUCCUGCAGACCAGGAGUCUCCUGUCGGUGACACAGCUGACCUCCUGGGGUUGAACUCCGACCCCUCCAUGGCCUCAGCCUCCUCCUCUGCUGCUCAUCAAGGAGCCCAGGGAGGAAUGAAAGCUGCAUCCAGCAACAGCGACCUCCUCAACGACCUGUUUGCCCCCCCUGCUGGUCAGACAGGAGCAGUGCAGGAAGACUUGUUCUUCAGUGGGCCAGCCGGCGGGGCCACACCAGACCCAAAACCCAUGGGCGACCUGUUUGAUCCGUUCGGGAUGGGGUCUGGUUCUGAUGCUGGCGCCACUGUGGGUUCAUCUCGGCAGGCCUCCGGACCGGACCUGUUUGGAGACCUGUUGGGUUCUGAAAGUUCAGCUCCCAGUAACCCUGCUCCUGCUUCAAACGCAAGCCUCUUCAACCUCAAUAAACUGGUGAAUGAUACCCCUAAGAUGACCUCAUCAGCCAGCCAACCAGACCUGCUGGGUGGGUGGGACAGCUGGGCAGCUAGCACCACCGCGAGCAUGAGCACCACCGCCAGCAAACCCAGCUUCACCAACACGGCUUCUGGUGUUGCAUCUAUGUCGAAGGCCAAGUCUCAGACCUUUGACCCUUUUGCCGACCUGGGAAACCUGAGCUCCAAUCUACCAAGUUCCUCCAGUGGUAAUUUUUCGGGGCCUUCUUUUAACGCAAAAGCUGCUUCCUCCUCUGCUAAACCCCAAGCCCAGCCCUGGCAGUCUGGGAGACCCGCCUCAGCCCAGAGCAAAGCCUGGAUGUCUGGAUCAGGACCCGGGACGGCACCCAAAGCAUCCUCAGCCUCUCAGCCCGCGGCCACGCAGCCCACCAAACCCAACUACAACCUCAACUUCACCAGUGUCAUCGGUGGGAGAGAGGACAGGGGAGUGCGUGGGCCUACUUUCGGCUCCAAGCUGAAGGUAAAGGAGGAUGAUUUUGAGGACCUGCUGUCAACUCAGGGUUUUGCCUCCAGGCCUGAUAGGAAGGGACCGAGGACCAUCGCUGAAAUGAGGAGACAGGAGAUCACGAAAGACAUCGAUCCACUUAAAUUACAGAUCUUGGACUGGAUUGAGGGGAAGGAGCGAAACAUCCGAGCGCUGCUGUCAACUCUGAACACUGUGCUGUGGGAGGGAGAAACCCGCUGGAGGCCUGUGGGCAUGGCUGACCUGGUGUCACCAGACCAGGUGAAGAAGUACUACAGGAAGGCUGUGCUGAUUGUCCACCCCGAUAAGGCGACAGGCCAGCCUUAUGAACAUUACGCUAAGAUGAUCUUCAUGGAGCUGAACGACGCCUGGUCAGAGUUCGAGAACCAGGGAUCCAAAGCACUCUUCUAAAAAAAAAAAAAAAAAAAAAAAAAAAAACCUGGUCUGGAUCCCAGCUAGACCAGACCGGACCAGACCGGACUGGACUGGACUGGAUUUGGCCUAACCAAAACAAGGGUUAGACUGGGCCAGAUUGGACAGGACUGAGCCCACAUUGGGCCUAAAGGGAGCGCAGAGCCUCUGAGAGGUGUCCUCUCUACCAUUCCCUUCACUCCCUUCUUUACUUUCUUCUGUUUCUACAGUCAAGGAAGAAAAAAAAAAAAAAGGACCUUCUUGCCUCAUGUCUGGCUGUAGGGGAAAUGAUUUCCUCACUGGUUCAUAAACAGCCAGUUAAAUUAAACAUUGUGAUAGUUCUGAAACUCACUGCCUACCUGUACGACUGCCCGAGUGGUGCUGCAAACAUCUGGAGGGAAGAAAGGGUGACAAUCACAUGAAGACGAAAGAAUGGAAAAGAAUUCUGAUGAAACAAGCUGAUUAUCGUGACAGUGAUAUUCAGAUAAAAAGAUUUAAUGACCCCCCCACACUAAUAAAAAAAAAAAAAAAAAGGCUGGUAAAUUUUGGCUGUGUGGCUGGUAAGUUUGUCGUUUGUGCCUGGCACUUUUGCAAACAAACCAGUCAUUUUUGCUGACUGAACAUGGCUGUACAUUUUUCAGCAUGCCAGGCGAUCUGGAAGUAUUGUUUUUAAGCUUUGUUGCCUCUAAAAAAAAAAAAAAGUGAAUGUUGCAGAUGAAUCAUACAACAAACCAGCUACAGCAACCUAACGGACACAAGAAAACGUCUGCCCUGCCUCUAAUGCAGAAGCAGGAUUGAAAUCUCCCCAUGGAUUUUUGAAGAUAGAUCUGUUGAUAAUACCCAUUGAUUCUUUGAAGUGCUACUGCUGCUGCUUGGGUUUGUUGUUGAGACAUUUCCUCUUCAGAAAGACAAGACUAUUGCCUGCUGAACACUACUAGUGCUGCUUCUACCAUUACAGUUCCUGCUACACACACACACACACACACACACACACACACAUGCACACUCCUCAGAUCGAUGUGAAAACCUGCAUCCCAAGCUUCGGACAUAGGAGCUGAACUUGUUUUGGAGCCCCAUAUAAACCUAAGCGGGCAGUCUGUUGUUUUUGAAGUGCUCUUUAAAAAGUCCCACUCAGGCUAUACUGUGUAGCUAACUGCAUGAUCUGCCACAACAAACCUCUAAACAGCAGUAGGUAGGUGUGUUUGAUUUCCAAACCAGGGUAGUCCAAACGGGCGGGGGCUCUUUUAUUGAAGUGCUCUUUUUUUUUUUGGGGGGGGGGGGGGAUUCUUGUAGCAGAAGCAGAGAAGAGUCCACCGGCCUGAUUACGCUGGGUGACGGUGCUUUUGAGCAUCUCUAUCAUCACUGUCAUUAACCCCUCCCUUUGUCUCUGUAAGCCCCGCCCUCCCCCAGCACUUAGUUCAGUGGACAUUGUUUUGUCAGUGCAUAGGAGAUGGAAAAAGUGAAGGAAUGAAAAAAGAGAAUUUGGUGAUUUAAUCUGGUUGCUCUUAGUUCUACUCUUUAUUUUUUGUGUGUGUUUUUUGGGGCGGGAUCAUUCUGAACUUUGAGCUAUUGUCAGUAAAUCAUCACUUCAGUGUAAAUAUAGAAUUAUUAUCAUCCAUCAAGUGGCUUUGUUAAGAUUACAGCCUGGGCUUUGAGCUUGUCUGUGUGAAUGGUUGUGUGUAUGUGUGUGUUUCUUUGGGGGAAGAUAAUGAAACCUUGUUGGACUUCAUGCUUUCUUGUCUGCAAUCACAAUAUUUUAUUUUCUUAAUUUAAUUCUGUUCAGCCUCUUCCACACUUCAAGCUAAUGUUUCUAACUUUUGCUUUACCCCUUUAUUUUUUAUUUUUUACAUUUAACCUCAUGGACCAAUCAAAUCACCUGUUUUCUUAUUUAUUAUGUUGUUUUUUUUCCAGGGAGGGUAGUGGGUUAUAAUGACAUCUAUUCAUGCAUAUUUUUGGCACAAGUGAAAAUCUUCAGAUAAUAUAUAAGAGUUCUGAGUGCAAAUUGUUGGUUGAUCACAGUGAGCCUCUUUGUUGCCGUUUUCAUUCCAAAGCAUCUAUUAUUACGAUUGUGCUUUUACAAAUAUAUAUCCUCUCGGUUGUUAAUCUGUAUGUGUUUUAUUUGUCUUUUUUUAUUUUUCCUCUUGCUUGUUUUUUUGUUAAAAUUCCAACAUGAGGGGCCAGUAAAAAAAUAAAUAACUGAUGCUUGAAAUUAUCUGACAGUAUCAUAGUAUAAAGAGGGAGGAUCGCAAAACCACACAUCAGCAGUGUUUACUGCACCAAAUUACAUCAUACUAAUAUGAAUGUAGAUUUCCAUGCAAAAACAAAUUAAAAAAACCUUGUGAUU